GUGAGAGCCUGACAAGAGCAGGGAGAUUUGUGCCAGGCGAGGUUUGGCAGUGCUUAGCCCAGACCCCACCAAAGAAAGGCCGGCCAUGCAGCCGCCUGUGGGACAAAGUCUGGCUCCCAGCAGCUCCACAGAGGCUCUGGCACAGGAGCCUCCUCCACCAGGCGCCUCUGUGGGCUCAGACCCAGCAGUGGCCACAUCCUGCGCCCUGCCCGGAGCUGUGGGGCUGCCUGGGGGGGCCCCGAGGCCGCUGCUGAUGGAGCUGCUUGGCUCUCGGCAGCGCUGCUGUGUCUGCGGCCAGAGCGGGGCCACCAUCAUGUGCUGCGAGGAAAACUGUGACAGAUGGUUCCACCUGCCCUGUGCCAAGGAGGGUGGCUGUGUCACUCAGUACCUCACCCCAUACAGCUCCUACUGCUCUGAGCACCGUCCAGAGCAGGACGUGCAGGAGACUCCAGAGCCAGACACCAAAUGCCCCAUCUGCCUGGAGCCUGUGGAGGAUAGAAAGACCUUCACCACCAUGGUGUGCCCAGCGUGCAAAAGGGCCUGGUUCCACAGGGACUGCAUCCAGGGACAGGCCAUGCGCGCUGGUGCUUUAUUCUUCCAGUGCCCCCUGUGCAGAGAUGGUGAGGCAUUCGCUGUUGAAAUGUUCCUCAUGGGGAUCCGCAUCCCCUUCAGACUGCCAACAUGGGAGGACAACGAUGCCUUUGCCGACCUAGAAGAGAGGCACAGCUGGUGCAAUGCCAGGAAAUGCCUUUACCCAGGAGGCAGGGAGCAAGCAGAGGAAGAGGGGUAAGUCAGGAAGCUGCACCUGGGACUCUGUGGGGAACCUGUGUAUCCAUAAGGGCUCAAAGGAGAAGGAGCCGGAAGAGCUUGGCCAGACAAGCCUGUGCUGGGACACUUGAUCUUCAGAGCCAUGAACCCAUUUGCUUCUCCAGGCCCUGGGAACUGCUCCUGUGUUCCUCCUGUGCUGCUGAAGGCACCCACAGGCGCUGCUCUGGCCUGAGGAACCGCAUACACCACUGGGAGUGUGACAGCUGUGCUGGUCAUGGCAUGGGUAUGAGGCAAAGCAGCCAGCUGUCCCUGGGCUGGGGUCAGUGCCCAGCCAUUCCUGAAGGGCUGGGGACACUGCUCUGGCCCAGCCUGCCUUGGGCCUGGGGAUCCCUUGACAUUCCUGCUUGCCCUUACAGUCUCCAGGGUUGUUCCAGAGCUCAAUGGCCGUAGCCUGACCAGAGAGUUGGGACUGGAGCCUUCUCAUGGCUCUGCACAGUCGCAGGGCAGCAGCCCCAGCUCUGGCAGCCCGGGGCCAUCAGGUCUGACUCACCAAAUUUUGUCUCCAGAGACCAGAAACCGUCGCAGACACCAACGUGCAGCAUUACAGCAGUUGCUGCCAUCUUCCUCUCCGGACCCUAGCAGCCUCAGCAUGCAGAGUCAAGCAACAUCACAGUCAUCAUUCAGCACAUCCCCACACCCUGAGCACAGGGUCCAUUCCAGAUGUGCUGGGCCCGGCCGCAGGCGAAACCGCUCUCGCCAGCAAGGGAGGACCCCAAAUCGACGCGUCAGGUCAUGUCCCCGUGACAGGAGAAGCAGGACAGGACCAAGGGCUGAGAGGCCCAGGCGAAGGGGGACAACAUCGCGGGCAUCCCCCGGACGCAGCCACUCCCGCCAGCAAGGUCAGGCCCUAAGUGCACCUGCCCAGACAAGGAGUCACCAAGACAGGAGAAGCAGAACGCGACCAAGGGCUGAGAGGCCCAGGCAAAGGGGGUCAUUGUCACAGGCAUCCCCCAGACGCAGCCGCUCCCGCCAGCAAGGGCAGCCCCAGAGUCCAUCUGGCCGGUCCAGGAGCCGCUCUGACAGGAGCAGGAGGACAACACCAAGGGCUGACAGGCCCAGGCGCAGGGAGACACCCUCAGGGACGUCCCCCAGACGCAGCCGCUCCCCCCACCAGCGUCGGGCCUCGAGCCCAUCUGCCCGGUCCAGGCGUCGCCAGGACAGGAGCAGGAGGACAGCAAGUGCUGAGGGGCCCAGGCGCAGGGGGACACCGCUGGGGACGUCCCGCAGGGGCAGCCGCUCCCGCCAGCCACGUCGGGCCUCAAAGCGGCCCCUGAGCAGCAGGACCUAGAGCCAUCUUGGCUUUCUAGUCUGUUUGCUGCCAGAAGUGAAGGUGAGAAAGGUCAAUGCAGGCACCUGGAGAUCUGCAGGUCUGUCAGAAACCCA